UUGUAUAUGUCACAGACGGUUGAAGAUUUUUUUUUCAUUUUUCAUUUUUUUAAAAAUUUCAUUUGAUUUGACUGGAAAUUUGAAGGAAACGAAACCAAAUAGAAGAAAAAAAUGUCACAAUCAUCAAGUUUUAAUAAUGAUCGUCAAUCGAUGAAUUAUUCAUUAUUUGAUUCAUUAGCAAUGGAUUCACCGAUUGCUUAUCAACGAAAUUUUUCACGUUUUUCAAAACUUGCCGAUCGAUCUCGUACUUUGUUUGGUGGUAAUAAUUCUUCAGCAUCAUUUGCUGCUAUCGAUGAAUCACCAACAUUGUCUCAAUCAAACAUAUCUGCCGAUUUACAUCAUCAAUCUAUGAAUAUAACAAUACAAUCACCAAUAUCUACUAGUAAAUUGAUAAAUAUAUCAUCAUCAAAUGCAACCAUACAAUAUUCACAGAAUAAUUUAGAUGAUCAACAUAUUACCGAAGAUGAAAUGGCUCGUUUAGCUAUAUUUGAAUCAUUUUUUGAAUUAAAUCAAAAAUAUUUACCACCAUUAGAUUUACAGCAUUCACCAUCACAACAUUCUACUACCAAUGUAUUUACAAUGAUGGAUUUAUUUCAACAAACUUGUGAUGAUAAUCUAUUGGUUACACAACGAUUGUUAGAGAAUAAAAAUCAACAUUCAGAAUAUCAAUUAAAUUAUCUGAAUAAAUUCUGUCAAUUAAUACGUUUGGAACGUAAUAUUUGGUGUCUAUUAAAAGUAUUACUUGGUGAUCGUUGUACCGCUACAAUGAUUACCAACAAUAAUCAUCAACGAAAUCUUUUGGCUGCAGCUAAUAAUAAUUCAGGUUUUGGUGAACUAAAUAAUCAAUCAAUAAUGGAUAUGGAAAUGGAAAUUGAAGAAGAUAUGCGAUUACGUUUAAAUGAUUCGGAAUUAGUUGAACGUGCUAUGGAAAAAAAUUCAAUGUUACGUGAAAUGCAAAUCAUAAUCGAUUGGCUUGAAUCAAUGUAUGAAGAUGAAGAGGAAAAAUCAAUGGAAAAAAUGGAUUUCUAUUCUGAUGGUCCAGCAUAUUGGGAGAAUACAUUACAUCAAUUAAAAAUUUCGUCAAAACAACAACAACAACAACGUAGUAGUAUGUUUAUGACAGCAGCUUCAUUAGGAACGGGAAAAAAUUCAAGAAUUUUAUGUCAAGAAAUGGAUCCAGAUGCACCGAUUCGUAAUGGACAACCAUUACAUGAUUUGGAUAAAGAAGAUGAAAAUCGUCUUUUUCAUCAUCUAUUCAAAUUAAUUCGAUCCGGUCGGCUACCUGAAGGAAAAGAAAUUGCCGAACGUUUUGGUUAUUUUUGGCUAUCGGCUGCAUUGGAAGGUUGGAUUUUUCAUAAUGAUCGAAAUUAUAAUGAAAAAUCUGAACAAUUAAAUAAUGAACAAAAUGAUCAAUUAAUGACAUCAUCAUCACCGAAUAGUCGAAUAUCGAUCGCAUCACAAUAUUCAUCAACAGUUAAACAAUUAGCACCAAUUGAAGGUAAUCCAUAUCGUGAUCUGUGGAAACUUUCAUCAUGGAAAUGUUCAAAAAUGGAUGGUACAAAUCUUUAUGAACGGGCAAUUUUUUCUACAUUCAGUGGAAAUCGUUCAGUAUUGAUGCCAUUAUGUAAUAAAUGGAUGGAUAAAUUAUGGGCAUAUUUUAAAUGUUCACUUGAUGUACAUUUAGAAAAUUUAUUAAUCGAUACAAAUAUUUCUAAACCAGAUAUGCAACCAAGAAGUAAUAUUGAAUUACCAGAUUCUUAUUGGGAUAAUCGUCUUACACCAGAUGAAAUUUUUCGUGAAUUAGAAACACAAUUUAAUUUACAAACAUCAUCAUUUAUAACAAGAUUAGAAGAAGAAUGUUAUCGUGCUAUUGUUAAAGAUAUUAUUUUAUCAAAUAUUGAUUCACUUGUUGAUCAUUUAUAUGAAUGGUCAAAAACAAUACAAACAAAUAGAGAAUCACGAACAAAAAUGAUUGCCGAUCAAAUAUCACGAUCAUCAUGGAAUAAACUUCGUGAUAUGGAAGAAGAAUUAAUGGUUAAAAUUAUUGAACCAAAUCUAUUACGUUUGUUUGCACAUAUUGUUAUCUGUUUGAAAGAAUUAAACCUAAUCAACAUUGAACGUCAUUCGAUAUUAUGUGUAGAAAUUUUAGAAAUUUAUAUUGGAUUUUUAAUCGAAUAUAAAUUAGUUGAAUUGAUUGCAUUCUAUACUAGUUUUCUACCUGAAACUAAACAAGUUCGAACAUUUGCUACAUUAUUGGAAACAAUUGAUGAUGAAUCUGAUCGUCGUCUUUGUUUGAUUAUUGCUAAAAAUGCUAAAUUAAAUUUAUCGGCUAUUCUUUCAAUGGUUAUUGAAAAUAUUCGUUUAAAUAAAACUGGUUAUCAAUUAUUGAAUGCAAAAUCCAUACCAUUUGCUAAUUUUGGUCAUUUUCAAUCGGAUAAUAUGAAAAAUAUUGAUGAACGUUCUGUUGUUGAUGAAUCAAAAUCAAAAAUUGCUAAAUUAUUAUCAAAUACUGUUACUGAAGAUGAUAUUCGAAAAAUUAAUUCAUUAGAUUGGUUACUGUUGGAUGGUGAUAAUCCACAAUAUUUAGAAUUAUUAUGGCAAGCAAAUGCAUUGAUUAGAAAUUUUUUAUUAGAACAAAAAAUUGAUUUAGCAUUUGAAACAUUUAAUAAAUUACCAUCGAAUAUAAUAAAUGAAUCAUAUAAUGAAUGGAAAUUAUCAUUAAAUUUUGAUUAUGGAUUUGAUAUUGAAAAUGUUAUACGUGAAUAUCUUUGUCAUUCAUCAUAUUUUGAAGCUAAUGAAGCAUUUAAAAAAUGGCAUCAUUUUCUUUAUACAACAAAACCACGUGAACCAACUAAACCAAAAACACCAAUCAAUCGUAUUGCCGAUCGUGUACUUUAUGAACAACGACAAAAACAAUUUGAACAAGAUAUGGAAAUAUGGCGUAAUCAGCUUAAUGUUCAAGCUUCAAAUACUACAAAAAAAUUAUUGGCUUUUCUUUGCUUUCCAAAUGGUAUAUGGUUAGAUGUUGUCGAUUCAAAUGUUAUGCAAGAAAUCUAUAUGAAUCAAGAUCGUCAAACAAUCGAUACGAAUGAUAUUCAUUCAUCUCGUAAUCAGAUUUCGAUUGCUGAAGCAACAGCCGGUGAAGAAGCACCAUCAGUUUUAUCAACAGAGAUUGUUAUCGCUGGAAAUGAUCAACAACAACAACAACAAAUGCAUUCAGAAGCUGUUGAUGAUGAUGAUUAUAAUGAUAAUGAUGAUGCACAAUCAUUGAUGACAAUUAAUAGUAUUGGUAUGUGUAAAGAACAUGAAUUGGUCAUUCGACAACAAUUGGAACGUAAACGUAAUGAAUGGCAAAAUUGUCGACCAGGACAAAUGGAUGGCAUACGACGAAUCUAUAUACCACAAUUUUGUUUUCUAUUACAUUCAGUAUAUCGUGAUUCAGGUGAUCAUCAACAAUGUUUACGUGUUGCUGAUUUAGUUGCAGAUGAAAAUCAACGUUUACAUACAACAUUUACACAGGAAAAUUUAUCCGAUUUUCUUGCAUUGAUACGAGAAUCAGCCAUUAAAAUACUUGAUUAUAAAUCUGAUCCAUUUGGUUGUGAUUCUGAUAAUCAUCAACAUUGAUUAACAAUGUUAUUUUUUUAAAUGUCAAUUUGUCAAACAUGAUGUAUUUUUUUCU